AUGAAGCCGCCAGACACAUCAGGCUUCCUAUCUAAUUAUCCCGUCAAAACCAUAAAAAUAAGAACAAAUUACGAUUAUACAACUGAAUACAUAUCAAAUGUACAAUACACCCGUUCAUUGUGUUCGUUGCCUAACAGCUUGGUUGAUGUGACUCAACGUAAUAUCGUUAGAUCAGUUGGUUUAGCUAGUAUAAUCACUUUCGCCACGUAUUUUCUCAAAAGAUUCUUGUUAAAAACGGCAGAUUCUAUUAAUAUUAUUGGUGAGGAGCUACUAACCACGUUCAAAAUACCAUCAAACAAAAUCGAACUAAUAACCCGCAACAAACGUAGACUGUUGGAAUACCUGGUAACUAAAUGGUCACAUAAACAUCCUAGAUUCACUAUAUCAGAGCUAGAAGGCUUCCAUAGCUUUAUAAAACAAAGUUUUGACCCGUCUCCUACUAUAAUAAGCACAAUACUACAGCCCUUGAUAUUGGAAACAAAUGACACCACUUUAUUAUGCUAUUUAAUGAUCCUACAUGAUUCUUUUGUGGGUAACGCCAAAAUGUAUUCGGCGCACCUUGAAACAAUAUUUGAAGGGGAUGUACAAAAGACACUGCAUAAAUUUAAAGUCAAAAUGUAUGAAGAAUUUGUUACUGAGAGGUUGAAUGAGGAGCUAGCAAAACAUGCUGCGUUGUUCCCACCUGCCCCUCCUCCCAUUACAGGUGACGAAUCCAAAGUGGCCGAGAGAAAACGAAAAAUACUUUCCCAUUUGUCGACAAAUUCACGUUUCUUACUGAGCUUAACGGAUAAUGAAAUAGAAGAGGCAGCUAGAAAACUUGCUAAAUGUACUUGGGCUUUAGAUUUUUAUUCUGCAGAGUUAACAGAGCUGAAACCAUUUAAUGGAUAUACAUUACUAGGGCUGAGUGAAGAGGAGGCGACGGAGGUUAAGAAAUCCUGCAUAAUAGCUCAAAGUGAAAAGAUUAAGAAUGAAGUAAUGAAUCCACUGCAAAAACAGGUAGAUCCACAUAGUCCAUCAUUUGUCCCUAAAUUUAAAAUUAUUGAGCAGUGCCGCCUUGACCAGAUCCGUGACUUGUCAAGCGAAAUUGCUGAUUGGCAGAAUUUGUUAAAGGAUACAAUUGGUAGGAAUAGAAUUCAAAUUCCGAAAGAAUCGCACGAUUUUUACAGCCUAGACAACGUUCCUGCCUUUAAAGGUGAAAUAAAAGGGGGCAAAGCUUUGAAACGUAACUACUUGCCACCUGAACAUGGUGAAGAAUCAUUGAGCUACGACGAAUUGAAGGACAGGAUGGAUGAAAUAGACUACUUGAUGUACGACAAGGACUUUAAUCCAAAAUUCAAGUUUACUAGCAAGGAAGAUAUCGAGAAAGGGAUGGAGGAGGCUAAUAAAAUGCUCGAACCAUACAGACAUAUGGAUCCACAAGAGCAUUUGGACAUGUUUAUCAGGAAUUCCAAUUCUGAGUGGAAAUUCACUAUGGCUGCCAUCAAUCGCAUAAACAGGAGAAAACAACUACAGGCCAUUAACAAUACAAAUACCACAUAUAAUCAAACUACCGAAAAAACUAAUCCAAAUAUCGCAGAUAAAAUGAAAGUUGAAUAUAAAUUGUCAAAAAGGGAGAUUUUGGCAGAUGCUUUGUACUUUUUGAGCAAACUUGAACACCUAAAAUGGUGUCACUCAUUUGCAAUACACAUGCCAAUCACGGCCUUGGAAACUGUUCAACAGGUGGAUAAAGACCCUGAUAACCCUCCUCCCCCCUCUAUAAAAUUUGUUGGACCUAAUUUCAAACUACCAAAACAAUGGAUAAAAGAAUACCUUAGCGAUACCAACUCUGCGGCAAAUGUAUUUAGGAAUAUGCUUGAUGAUGAAACGAAGGGGAUGGAUGAACAAACUAACAAGGAUAUUGAAUAUGAUGAUUCCCCUUAUGUGAACGAUGAUCCUGAAUUACUGAUGAAGGAUAUGCCACUACUCGCUGCAAUUAAUGCAACUGGCGGCCAAACUGGAGUAACUUGUAAAUUUCCAGAGCCAUUGGACGGGCAAGAAGUAUAUGAAAGUAUGCAACAAUUUUUACCGUACAGGCUUUAUAGGGAGAAGCCUAGCCCUCAGUCCGCAUGUACAAACUGUGGUUACACAAUUUUCAAGUUACAAUUUAACGAUAAAUCAGGGCAAAUGGCCAUGCCAAAUGAGUAUACUAAGUUUGAAAAGGGAGAGUUUAUCUGUCCUGUUUGCGGCAACAAAAAGUUUGUUACUAGUUAUCCCACGGGGAGGGUGGGUCUAUCUAAGGAAGCUCAGGAGGCCAUUGAUGAUGCCUAUGUUUUUCCCGAAGAUUAUCAAGACACUGAUGCCCAGUAA